AUGGCUGUUUGGUACGCCUUUGGAGUCGCAAUUUUCUCUGCAAUCGGAACCUUCCUUUUUGGGUUCGAUACGGGAAUUGCUACAACAACAAUCGCUCAUCAAAGCUGGAUAAAUUACAUGAAAAACCCAUCCAAUGGCCUCACAGGUGCUGUUGUUUCCGUUUACAUUGCCGGCGAAGCAGUCGGCGCGCUCACCCAAACUGCCCUCGGAGACAAACUAGGACGUCUGCGGUUCAUGGAGUUGCUGUGUGUAAUGGUUACAAUUGGAACGAUCAUCCAGACGGCGGCAGUCAAUAUUGGGAUGUUUCUUGCAGGCCGUGCGCUCGCUGGUUAUGCGGUUGGGGGGUUGGUUGCCACGGUCCCUAUCUAUCUGAGCGAAAUCUCCGACCCGCGCUAUCGCGGUCUAAUCGGUGGAAUCUCUGGUUGCGGUAUUGCCUUCGGAACAAUGGCUUCAAACUGGGUAGGGUAUGCUUGCAGCUUCGCUCCUUACGGCCCAGUACAAUGGAGGCUCCCUCUUGGGCUACAAAUCCCUUGGGGUAUCGUGAUGUUCUUCGGACUAAUCACAUUUAUGCCCGACUCACCCCGUCAUUUGAUCCGGAAGGGAAAUGUUGAGCAGGCCCGAGCCGAAUCCAAAAAAAUCCGCCGGGAUCUGCGCGCAGAUGAGUUCCAAGAGGAGUUUGCCGCGAUGGUUGCGCAAAUUCAGUAUGAGAAGGAGCGGGAGAUAAGUUCUUACAAAGACAUAUUUAGGCUGUUUAGACGUCGUGCAUUGGUAUCGAUUGCUGUACAGACCAUGACAAGUCUCACCGGUGUAAAUGUCAUACAGUCAACAUUGUACAAAUCCCUUGGCAUCGACUCGCACACCAUCCUCGCACUAGCUGCCGUCUAUGGCACUGUAGCCUUUAUCUUCAACUGCCUCACAACCAAAUACCUAACCGACCAAUGGGGUCGACGAAAAAUGCUUCUUUCCGGCUUAGCCGGAAUCAUCAUUAUUGAGAUCUACGCUGCCGUCAUGCAACGGGAAUUCCAAAACACCAAUAACCGAGUCGGCAAAGGAUUUGCUAUUCUGGGAAUAUAUCUCUUCGUUGUGGCAUACUAUGGCAUGCUCAACAGCACAACCUGGCUCUACGGCGCGGAAGUCCUCCCCAUAGCCAUUCGAAGCAAAGUAAUGGGACUAGCAGCAGCAUCGCACUUUAUAGUCAACGUCGCCAUAACCGAAGCCGGUCCCAGUGCAUUCGCCAACAUCGGCGAGAAUUACUAUUAUGUCUUCGUAGCAUGCACAAUUUUCUUCCUCGUCGUUGCCUAUCUCUACUUCCCCGAAACGAAGCAGCGGACACUCGAGGAGAUCGCUGCGUCCUUUGGUGAUAAAGUGAUUGUGACUGGAGAGCGAGGUGAUAGUGAGGAUCCGGAUGCGAAAUGUGAUUCCCAGCGUAUUGAGGUGGUGCAUCAAGAGUGA